AUGGCACCUCCGAGCGGAGCGGCCGCGUACAAGAAGACAGACGGCUCCUUGACCAUUUCCGCUGACGAGCAGUCUGUGUCAUGGACUCCUGCUGCAGCGGGUGCUGCUGCCCCCAUAACUAUUUAUGUGGCCAAUAUUUCCAAUUUACAACAAACACCGGCUUCCAAACCGAAAGUCAUGCUGAAGAUCUUUGCCCGAGCUCCUGAUUCUCCUCCUGAUAGUACACCCGAGGCAUAUGUUUUCCAGUUUACGGGUGGAGCAGAUGCCCGCCCGCAGGCUGAUGCUAUCAAAGAAACACUCAGUGCCCGGAUUAACACAUUACGAUCGCAAACACCCUCACAGACACCGGCGCCGGGUGGAAGUGGGAGCGGUGAGGGCGUGUCGGCAGCGAUGGCAAUUGCGAAUGCCGUCACAUCUGCGGGGACAUCAAAGAACCCACUAGACGAUGAGAACAAGCUUCGAACCAAUGGCGAGUUGCAGCAGUCAUUACUGAAAGCAGAUUCGAAUCUCCGCCGGAUGUUCACCGAGGGAUUAAAUACAAAACCUGAUGCGUUAACGUCUGGUCAGUUCAUGUCACAGUUCUGGUCGACGCGGCUGCAUUUGCUGCGUGCGCAUGCUAUUGAGCAGAGCCAGAUGCGCGGCUCGUAUAAUGUACUUUCAUCGCUGAAGCCGCGUGUUGAGGGUGAUAAUGUUACUCGGAUGAAUAUCAGCAAAGAGCAGAUUGCGCUUAUCUUUUCGCAGCAUCCGCUGGUUAAGCGUGUUUAUGAUGAGAUUGUGCCGAAGCUCAACGAGCAGCAGUUUUGGUCGCGGUUUUUCCAGAGUCGGCUUUUUAAGAAGCUUCGUGGAGAGCGGAUCUCUGAUGCUGAUGCUACUGAUGCUAUUCUGGAUAAAUAUCUUCGGACGGAUGAUGCUGCUCGGCCAGGUCGUGACGGUAAUGUUCAUCACUUUUUGGAUCUUGCGGGUAAUGAAGGCAAUCAUAGCCAGCGGCGUGGCAACCGGCCGGAUCUUGAUAUGAGACCGUCUGGUAUGGAUAAAGUGCCUAUCAUUCGGACGUUGAAUAGCCUGAGUGAGAAGAUCAUGGCUAAUGUGGCACCAUCCGAUGGUGAUAUGAGUGCGCCCAUUGGUUUGAAUGAGGAGGCGUGGAAGAAUCUCCAGUUGCAGGAUCUCCGUGGAGAUGAAGAGCAGAGCCGGAUCACAUUGAAUAUUCGCGACCAGAGUCGGUUCUUCUCCAGUACACAGGAAGAAGACAAGAGCAAGCAGUUUGCCCAACAAGACCCGGACCAGCUUUUACAGACUCUUCGCGCAGAGAUCGCUCAGGAUCUCCCGCCACAAGGAAACACCCAACUGCGUCUACUGGUCGAUCCCGGCGAUGACGAGGACGAGGAAAUGGAAGACGCACCCGCCAGCCGGCGGCCGGUAGGGUCUUCCGCCGCUCUACACGACUCCUUCGCCCAGAUCCUGGAAGCAGUGCGCGACCGACGUGCCCAACUAAACGAACAAUCAACCUCAGAGACUCAUGGCCUCUCAAUAGCCCUCUUCGACCGAUUAACCCUGACACACGCCACAACCACAGAAUUUCUGCACCAAUUCUGGCAAGCAUACUUAUCAGGCAAUCCGGACCGCGCUGGAGAAGUCGCAUCACUAGCCGAGUCUCUUCAGCGAGCAUCAGAACGAAUCAAAGCUGUUGCAAAUGACGCAGAAGCCGAUCGCAAGGUCGAGGUUGACCGGCUAAAGCAGCACGCACGCGACGUGUUCGAGCGUACUCAGCGCAAGAUCCGGCCUAGGCUUGAUGAUGUGGGGGGUGGUCAGAAGGUCGUCAAUCAGCUCCUCGGACCUACGCUCCAUGCACUGGAUGUCGCUUUGAAUCGAUACCAGGCGGAAUUGGCUGAGCAGAACAAAGAGGCGGCUGCGAUGGCUGCGUAG